GACUAUAAAAACACAAUCUUGGAAGCUUCGAGUUUUGCUUGAGGAAAAAUCCAUACACACAAAGAAGAAGAAUCUCAUCGCGAAAUCAUCAGCUAUGGGUUGGGUCUGGGUCGACGAUUCAUCGGCAUCUAAAGCCGGCAAAGAUCUCACCGAUCGACCACUCGGAGAUUCCACCGCCGCCGAUAGCAAUUGCUCCACCACCACGGUGGUAAGAUCGCAGUGCAAGACGGAGGAGGUCGAGCCUGGGAAGUUCGUCAGGAAAUGCGAUAAAACCGAGGAGGUUCUCCGCCACUGCCUUGGCAAGCCCUCUGAAGUAAUUCAAUCCAACACAGAACACACAGAAGAGGAUGUGACAGACCAGAUGGUGAAGAGAUCCGCUGCUCUUCCGAAUCUGUUUGAGGAAAAAAAUCCACUAAACUUCCCUGGACUCCGCAGUGAUGUUGACGCCAUUGAACGCCAUUUCUUUAGCGGAAUGAAGAGUUUCUUUGAAGCGGCUGAAGAGAUGACAAGCAGCUUAUUUGAUAUCAUGGGAGACCAUAGUAACCCAAGCAACAGGAGAGGGAUACCCAUUGAAAACCAUCCCAAGGUAGAGGAGCACCGCAGUGACCAUAAUAAUGCCCCUAGACGGCCACACUCAGGAGAGAUUGAUCUCUCGGGCUUGGCCAAGGACGUUUGAGAAAAAAGGUCGUCAGCUUCUUCUUCAUUCAUCUAUCUUUGGCAUGUAUAAUCUUUAAAAUGUAAUGUGUGACUUUCGAAGAAGCUUAGGGGGGGAUUCUGGUCUAAUGUUACUAUGUUAGCGGCUUGCACGUUUUUAUCUAUCAUCAUACUAUAAGUAUUACUUAUCUUGGUGGUUAUGUUUUGUCUUAUUUUUUUAAUCAUACCAACCAAAAUAUAUAACUUUAUCACUU